CUCGAAAACCGACAGCUACGAUCGCGGCCAGCUGUGACAUCGCAGCAGCGGAGGCGGUCAACCAUCAUGGCCAACUAAGACACCACCAUCGCGAUUAUAUUCUACUCGCGGAAAAGGAACCUCCUGUAGGAUAAUACCGAAGCGGUGUGAAAGCUGGGAAGUGGGAAAGAGUUUCCCGCAAGGGCGUCGAGGAGGCUCGUCCUGAUAUCGAUCGACAUACACUGGUGAAUUCCUUUAGAAAGUGAGGAAAAAGAUAAUUAGAAGCCACCAGAAGAGAAUAACAGCCAAACAAACAACAUGAACCGUUUCGGCCAGAUAAGACUGCCUCCGCUGUCCGCAGCUGCGAAUGUGGCUAGUCAGCUGAAAAGGCAAAUAUUGCCGGAAAAGCAAGGACACCCGCCAGGAGAAAGAGUGCAUUUUGCACAGCUCCCAAAUCAAGGCAAUACAGCUUCAAGCCAUGGCAGUAUGGAGGAGCACCAUGAGAUGUCGAACAUGACACCAAGCACCAACCCUUUCUUGGCCGGUGGAUUUGCAGAUGGAGACUGUCCCAAGGAGCAAGACAGUGGUUUCAACGGUGGCAAUGGGGGGUUUAAUCGACAGCAGAGCAGAUUGUCUUCGGUUGACAUCUCCGAAGGAUCAGAAUUCGUUGAGGGAAAGAGCGAUGUCAAGAUCAACGAAUAUCAGGCCGCUUGGAAUGUGACCAAUGCCAUACAGGGAAUGUUCAUAGUUUCUUUACCCUUUGCUGUCCUUAGAGGAGGUUAUUGGGCAAUUGCAGCAAUGAUUGGCAUUGCCUACAUCUGUUGUUACACUGGUAAAUGUCUAGUCGAUUGUCUUUAUGAAUUCGAUGUUCAAACAGGAAAACAAGUGAGAGUACGUGACUCGUACGUAGGUAUAGCAAAAGAGUGUUUCGGAAAGAAAUACGGAGGCCGUGUGGUGAACGUUGCUCAAAUCAUUGAGCUGUUGAUGACAUGUAUCCUGUAUGUUGUCGUAUGCGGUGACCUAAUGUAUGGCUCUUUUCCUGAUGGUUCUAUUGAUGCCAGGGGAUGGAUGAUGCUUUUUGGGAUUUUCUUAUUGCCGCUUGCUUUCCUGCGAUCUUUGAAAAGCGUAAGCGUCUUAUCCUUCUGGUGCACGAUGUCCCACAUUCUGAUCAACGUCAUAAUUCUGGGCUACUGUCUACUUUACAUCGGAGACUGGGGCUGGUCCAAAGUGAAAUGGUCCAUCGAUAUGGAGAACUUCCCCAUCAUGUUGGGUGUGAUUGUGUUUUCAUACACAUCCCAAAUCUUCUUGCCAACCUUGGAAGGGAACAUGGAGGAUCCCUCGAAGUUUGAAUGGAUGUUGGAUUGGUCGCAUGUCUGGGCUGCUAUUUUUAAGGCAGUUUUUGGGUAUAUCUGCUUCCUAACCUUCCAAAACGACACCCAGCAGGUGAUUACCAACAAUCUUCCAUCAGCAGGAUUCAAAGGCCUUGUGAAUUUGUUCUUGGUCGUCAAAGCAUUGCUAAGCUACCCGCUACCCUAUUACGCAGCAUGUGAACUGCUAGAACGCUCGUUAUUCAGAGGCAGCCCUAAAACUUUGUUCCCACCUAUUUACGACAUGGAUGGCGAGCUGAAGGUUUGGGGACUUGCAUGGCGAGAAGGGGUAGUAGUCUUCACCAUCUUGAUGGCCUGUUUUAUUCCGCAUUUCUCCAUUCUCAUGGGAUUCAUCGGCAACUUCACAGGUACUAUGCUCAGCCUGAUCUGGCCCUGUUACUUCCACCUCAAGCUGAAACGCAGUACUCUGGAGACCAAAACUAUUGCCUUCGACUACUUCAUCAUUGCGUUAGGUUUGGUGCUUGGAAUUAUCGGAAUGUUUGAUUCUGGUACGGCUCUAAUCAAAGCUUACUCCGUAGGGUACUAGGUUUUUUGAAUUUAUCAAUCACUAAUAGAUUCUGAAGAAGUAUCUCAAUAUUGAGAUCUUGUUGACGUCUAUUAAAAUAAUAACAAUAGAGUAUGGAGAAGUACAAAAUAUGAAGAAUACCGCUGUAAAUAUGUAACAUUUGUAUGCAAUAUUUCUGGGCACUCCAAAGUUGAUCAGGGGGUGAUUAUUUGCGCUUUUCUGUAACUUUAAAAUUUUCCGUACUAAACGAGAGUAACAGAUUUGAGACACUAUUUUUCUUUGAGAGGUCCAUAUCUGAUCUGUGACCGUUCAGCGACGCACCUUAUUUUUUACGUCCUCGGCUAAUCUACUUUUCAGAUAUAUUGCUAACCCUUCACUACAGCGUCCGGUAUUAUUACGAGACGUGGGAAGAUACCAUAACAUCCGCGUAGCCGUCCUUUAGCUUUUUGUUGUAUAUACGUCAGAUCAUCUAUAAAAAAAUUGUUUUAUUAACAUGAACUAAAGCUUGUCAAAAAAUUAAACUCUCUAUUUUUAAGCCCUUUUCGAUCUAGUAAUAUAAUUUACUAUACCCAAAUAACGGUAUGAAGUAACCUAAUACCAUUAUUCACAAACAUUAGAAAACGUAUUAUGUAAAGCUUCAAUAUGAUUUGUUCAUAAUUCAGGAUAGCCGAUUAGUCCAUCUACUAUCUUUGCAUUCUCUCAGAAAAAAAUGCUGGUUCCAUUUUUUGUAUAAUCUCAUACAAACGAUUCUGCAUGUUUAAAUAUGUCUUUAACAAAUUACGAAAAUGUUUUUUUGCGCCGGACAGUUUCUUGAGUUAUUUGGGUACUUCUGAUUAAACUUCUCUCUAAAAUUAUAGUUUUCGAAAUAUACAUGGUUUUUUAUUUGAGUGCAAAAAUGCCACAUUCUACUCCCAAAAAACAAUAUGAAAAAGAUAUUGAUAAAAUUCCUCAAUAUUCUUCAAUCAUUAACAAAAUUCCAAAGCAUUUUAGGGGGUAUUAUUUUUGUUAAGCUUUGUUAUUUAAUUGUUAAUCUAACGCGCGCUCCAUGUAUAUUCUGCGUGAGCGCGAAAAAGAUGUAACUUGCGACCGCCCUAUGUGUAUUGUUGAUGUAAUCUAAGGUUUACAAUAACUAUACACCUGGUAAAUGGAUGUCUGAAGAAUAUUUAGAAAUCUUGGCAACACUAAAAUUUUUCAUAUUGUUUUUCGUGGUCGAAAAUGACAUUUCGCACUUUUUCGAAUAUUAAAUCGCUUAUAUCUCAAAAACUAUCAACUUUAGAGAAAAGCUCAUAAGAAUAUUUUUGUUCAGAACGGUCUAAAACACUUGAAAGGUCUUUUUUUGGAAAAUUUGUUAAAAAAUUGUUUUAUCAAUUUUGGCGAACAUUUAGGCCUAACAGCUUGUAAUUUUUAUACUUCCUAGACUAAAUCAGGUUUGACUCAAUGUACUGGAUAAUUACCAUAAUUCUUAUUCUUGUAACCGAGACCCUACUUGCCGAGUGCUCUUAUAUGCAUGCCAGUUCGUGCGUGAGACAGCGGCAGGGAACCGACCGUAUAGCAAACAUAUUUCGAAAGGGCACGCUGCGCUUGAUAGAAUUUCUGUUACUAUCACUAUGGAAAAUUUUAAUUCGAGCUUCAGAAUGUGCAUUAUGAACUUUUGGAGCUGUUUGUCUUGAGGUAAUAAUGAAUUACAUUGUUUUAUUUCCCGGUCGCGUGUCGCUAUGUUUAUGCGGAACAGCACCUUUAGAUUACUAUAGGAUGUGUCCACAAAAUGAAUGUACUUCACCAUGCCCUGUCAUACCUUGUUACUUGUGAUAAGUAAUCUGUGUAAAUCAAUAUAAUCAACCAACCAGUUUAAAGUGCUUCCAUUAUUGUAAUUGUGUAGUUAUAUAAACUAAAUGUCACAUAAACGCGUCUUGUAUGGUCAACGAAGUCUUCCAAUGCGAGAAUGCCUUCUCCAUUAUGUGUUAUAUAAUAAUUCAAUGUCUUCCAUACAGAUAUUUAUACAAUAUUAGAUAUAAAAGAUUACACUUUAUAGUUGCGUAUUCACAAGUAUACAGCAUUUUGGAAUGAUUUAGAUGUGAAGACAUUAGAGUUAGAAAAUAUAUUUGUUCGGUUUGUUUUCAGAAAACGUUAUUUGUAAGAUAUGCUUCUUAUACUGUUUUGUGUCAUGUUUUCAAGUGGCCAAUAUUUGAAACUACGUAUGUUAAGAAUCAAACUUAACAGACUGCUCGGCUGUCUGAGAAGCCUUUUCUAAUGUACAAAACAAAAUAAUUUGGCACAUCCAGUUGUGUUUUAGCGUUGGCUAUUUGAAGCUUGACGAAUCAAAACAAUAUCUAGAGCUUUUUGAAAAUAUCGUUUGUUCCGUAUUUUUAACUCCGUUAUUUAUGUACAAUGAUAUUUGAAUAUUAGAAAAGAAAAUUAUAUACUAAAGAUAUCAUUUUAAGUAUAUCUACUAAUUGUAACAAUUUGUUAGUGAUUAACCAGUACUAAGUGGUUGUAUAUUAUCGGGGCAUUCAUGUUCCAAUACGUGCUAACAUGACAAUAAGCAGACGAUUAUACCUAGUGGUGCAUGCCUUUAUUACCUGUACAUAUUAUAUAACAUGAAACUGUAUCAACAUAUUAUACCUUUCCAAAACUCUAAAGCAAUAAGUUAAUACCUUUUAAAGCCGGCACUGUUUAAAUCCUUGUAAAUAUGGAUAUGCACUACAAAAUUAGCUAACCGAAAUGUAGUUAUUUCAGUAAUUAAAAAAGAAUCGUCAAUUACAGUUUGAAAUUAGUAAUAUAUUGAACAGCCAAUUAACUAAAAACAGAGGUUCAAUUCGACAUCAUCACAAAAUUAAACAAAAUAGUGCGAUAAAAAAAAUGAAAUAUUUUUUAUCGCCCUCAAUGAGCAUUAUUACCUUUGUUCCUCAGUUCCUCUCCAGGUAACAAUAAGGGACCGUUCUCAGCGAAAGCAACUGGCAAUCGCAACCCAACUCAGCAUGAACAUUUAAAUACACUACCAAAGCGACGGAAACUCGACCGCUAGUUUGAUGGAGAAAUACUCCUGUAUCGCGUUUCUGUCUUCCUUGAAGUAGUUCAGUAGGAGUAGCAGUAUUGAAAACCUUACAGGACGUCUACAAUAUUAUCUCAAGCAAGUUAAUAAUGACCAUGUUUACACCGUGGUUCGCCAAACGCUUAUAUAACGCAUAGCACAUGGUGUAAACGUGCACAGAGCAAUAUAUACGCAUGCAUGGACAACACGGACUAUUGGUGCUCUGUGGUUUAGUCAGCGCUCAUGUAGCUAUGAUGUAAUCGUGGCUAGUAUAUGGAUUAUCAUCAGACUCAAGGAAUAUAUUUGCGUAAGAUGUUACAGACUCUACAUAUGUUGAUUGAUCUGGCUCGAUUUUAUUUGUGAAAUAAGAACCAAAGAAAUAUACUAUUUCGCUUCUUAUUAGCUAAUGGCUUUAUCCACAACCUCAAAACGAGUAUGGCAGUCGCUUAGCAGUAGCUCCAAUAGGAACGUAAAAGCAAGGCAACCAAAGGUCAAGAUCGAGUUGAAGUUGGGUUGCGAUUGGAUUGCUUUUGGUGACAACAGCACCUAACAGAACUUAAAAUAUAAACUGAUCGAAAUAGUACUCAAGAUGUAAACAAAGAACAGAAACAGACUAAUUGCAAUAAGUGUGGCCUCCCAUCCAUCGUCAGGAUCGAUCCAAACAGAUUAUUCCAUUUUACUAUCAAUAGGAAAUAAAUCGUAAGUCCGAUAGCUGAUGGGGAUUGUUCACAAAGUCUAGAUAAGCGUCGAGCAUUGCGAAUGUUGAGCACUUAACUUAAUAGUUAGGAUACUUUGUGACACACCUAUAUACUAUAUAUACCUAGAAGGUAAAGGCGUGCAGGAAAGCUUCGCGCUUAGAACCUGCCCAUUAGUUUUCCAGACAGAGAUAUUUGCCGUCUUGAUGAUGAAAUACUUAGAGGAGCUUCAACAGUACACCGUUCGGGCUUUCAAGUAGCCGUAAAAGCAGUAGGUAGCAUCUCCGACGACAAAUUUAGUUCAGGAAUGCACUACCCCUCUUCAGAGUCUUGCCCGAUCCAACGAAGUGGCCCUGCUUUGGGUUCCUGGACACAGUGGGGUACAGGCUAGUGUGAGAGCAGAUUAUCCGGCUAGGGGCUGCUGCCCAAGCAGAGGUUGUAUACGCAGGCAGCAUAUGCCUAUACCUAGAGGUAUGGCGAGAGAGAGGGAUAAUCUCUAGACUUUUUCCCCGUAUACUGCUGGACUUAGGGCUGAAAUAUUCGGAGCCAUUGAGUUUGAUAGUGAAGUUGCAAAGUGAUCAGGCAUCCUGGCCUUAGAUCAGGAAGGUUCGAUAUAUAAGUGAAUCAACAUGUGCACUAGAGUGUAGGUACACACAGGGUCGGCAAAAAGGGCCAAAGCAGUUGGAUUAUUUGCAAGGGUUUGCCUCCCCACCACAACUAAUACUACCCUUACUAGGAUCCGCACAACUUACCGCAGGUUCCUCAUGGGAAUAGCUACCAUAUCUCCAAAUCUUAGAUGGGGGACGAAAGACUAUACCACUUCUCAGACAAGUGUACCGUGACUUGGAGUCUUGGAGCCGUAGAACUUAGAUAUUCGGAAUGAUGGAUUGUAAUAGAGAUAGAUCUCUAGGCAAUAAGCUCUUUGAACAAACUACUGAAAAACUUGGUGACACGACCAUGCGAAGUUUCCUUUACGUUACCAAUAGAAGGUAAUUGCUUCCCCUGUGGGGUCAAUUCUUGACACUGCUAAUAGUGGCCAUGGUUCUAUACCUUUUUCGAGGAACUGUUUUGUUUAACACCAAUAGAAGAAUCGCUUUCAGGAUCAUUCUUAGGACAAAAAGUGCAGUCUCGCCUUAGUCCAUCUGAAUCAUCUCUGAAAAUGAAGUUGACUUUGUGAUGAAACAUUUAAUGUUAUGGCAAACCUAGGAACAUACCAUUUUACAUAAAAUAAAUCCAUUCACAACCUUACUUAAUAAACGUCCAAACACUCGUCAAAACGUCAGAAAAGUUAGAAGACUCACUACUGGCAUUUUACUCCGUUGUUUUCAAGAAUCCCAGAAUGGGUUAUACAAUGAUAGGUCAGUUGAAUCGUCGAAGAGCAAGUGCGUCUUCCGAUUUGUAUCAUCUAAAUACGGAUAGAUCACAAGCCUCGGAUAUACUUCCGUAGCCAACAAUGUUCACUUGCAAUAUCGCUCAAGAUAUCGUCAGGAUAUAGAAAACGAACAGAUAAUUACUCCACCACUAGUACAACCGAGAAAUAAUAACCAGACAUGUCUUCCAACAUUUUCUUCAUUUUUUUCUUUGGCCCUAAUAGCUGUCAUGACUUGGAUGGACAAAAUUGCAAGUAUGCUCAGGACCCAGAUGAUUAUCCUUGGAUUCUGAGAGUCAUUUCACCCAAGCAAAAGCUACAUUGCCACUGGUGCUGGCCAUAUUGUGAGUUCACAGUACUUGAGAGUCACUGGCCAUGUUUACAUGAUAUGUAGCCAAGCACUUAGAUAGCCACAGAGUACCAGUAAUUCGUUAUUCUAUGCUAUGUUGCUCUGACGUCGGUACCCGUUUACAGCGUGAGUUGUGCGCUAUCUUAAAGUUUGACUAGCCAGUGUACACAUGGCCAGCUAGGGUUAUGCCAGCAGCUUCAAGACGCAUAUUGACUGGUAUUUUUAUCCGCAAUACACCUUUUGAAUCCGUAGGGAAGCUUUUAGGGUACAAUUCAUCAAAGACCAUGUUAAUACCACUUGAAAUAAUCUGCUACUCAUACAAAUGACCUAGGGUGGAUGCUAUAGGCAUUAGGUUGCAAGAGGAUAUGUUAGCAACAGCAUGUUUGUUAGGUGUAUGGAGGGCCUUAGUAUUGAAAUUCCCACUAAAUAUCUAAAACUGUGACUUCAGGUAUGCUCAUUACGUUUAGUGUAUAAGAACGUCUGUCUCGUAAACUUAGAAAUGCAAUGUAAUUUAUAUAGACAAAGACAAAAGUGUAACGUAAGUCUUCCAUAGGAUGUGCUAUAUUGAAAUGUAUGUCUUCCAGAAAAUUAUAUAUUGUAUAAGUUUUACAGAAAUUUCUAUAUCAAUGUUAUAUCUUAGAUAUACAAGUUUUUGAAUCUACAUGCUUGAUUUUGCUGGAAUUUUAUAAAUGUUUAUAUAUCAUACAUAUGUUGGGAAAUUAGCAACGUUUUCAAUGGCUCAUCCACUGCUGAGGAGCUAAAAACGCUAUAUCAUUGUGAAAAUGUUAAUGGAUUAGUUUUUUUUCAUAUAUAUAUAUAUAUAUAUAUAUAUAUAUAUAUAUAUAUAUAUUAGAUUAGAAUAUAUUCAUUGGGUGCGGAAUACUAUUUAUUGUGCAUCAAAAUAAUUUCCAUCAUAUUCCGAACUCUUCACCAUACGCAAGAACCAAUCAUAAAACCAGCGCCCCCAUCGCUUCUCAAUAUAAUCACACAGCGAUUCUUAGGCUGCUAUCGGAUCGUCUUCGGAUGGAAUCUUAUUAGCUGUGAUUUCGCAAACGAAAAACAUCUAAAAUCACAUGGUGCCAAGUCAGGGCGAUGAGCUAGAUGACCGAACAUUUGGAUUCCAAAUUCUUCUAAAAAAAACUGUUGCGUUUACUGUGCGCGGUGCACCGGCACGCGCUCAAUGUGAAGAUACCACGAGCGUAGCGGCGACCUAGGUCUUAAAUAUUUCUAUGUACCAUUAAGCUGUGACUACCUUCUGUUUAUCAAGUACAAUAUUAGUCCUUAAACUUGAUUUCCUGAAAAAGACAGGAUCAUUUUUUACAACCGACGUCGGCUUUUUCACUUGAGUCGUCUAAUUUUCGAAAACCCAAACUGUUAAUCCAACUUUCUUCACCUGUGAUUUUUCCAUUUACAGUGAUAUGGUCUCCAAAUUAACAUCUAUUCAUCAUGUGUUUGCACCAAGUCACUCUUAGCAUCUUUUCACGUUUUAUUCGCUCAGAAACUUACAAAACUCACCUAAUCUUAACCUACCACUCCACACUGCCUUAUAUACGUUAGUAACACUCUAGAAAACUCGAGAACUUCACAAACUUCGCGAAACAUACCGAAACAUCUAGACAUAAACAAUCUAAACAUUUUACUACAUACGACGAUACCUAUGGCGUGCCCUACGUAUUAUGUACAAUUUGCAAAUUUUGUGAUCUUCUCAUUUUAUAAUCCAAGAGUCGUUCAAGUGACUGUGCCAUAUAUUUAUAUGAGGAAUAUGUGUUGUUUCAUAAAAUUACUUAAGCCCUGUUCGUACAGCAGUCCAGAAUCCCGCCACACAAAUUACGUUUACUCUGCUACGCUAUAUAGAUAGAAUUCACACGGCCGGUUCCCAGACACAGUCACCGAUCACUGUACUAACAACCCUUAAGAUAAUCACUUGAAAUUAAGACAUGCGUAGUAACAGUUUCUGACAUUUUUCUUUGCAAAAAUAUUAAAGUUAGCCUCACAGAUUCUGGGGUUGUGUGUUAUUAUAUAUUUUAGAGAUCAUCAGUAUUUGCGAAUCUAAUGAAAUGUCCGAAAGAGGCUAUUAAAGCUUUCAAGGAAUACUGCCAAGCAUCGAUAGACAGUGUCACAUGGCACAAAUCUUGGAUUGAAAUAUGCUGCUAUCACGUCAAAUAACAUAUGCAUGUGUACAUAUUAUAUACACUACUCUUUGUAUUAUGCUCUUUCUUUCACAAUAAAAUAGCGUUUAACAAGAACAUGUUAACCAUCAAUUUGUGUAUAAACAUUAAAAGCAACUAUUGAUCAAUGAAUAUGUAUUAUAAAACAAUUUAUCUAUAGUUAGAUAUUGAUGACUGUAAAAAUU